CCCUUGGCCCUGGAGAGGAAGCAGAUCUCUGCACUGGACACAGCAUGGAGAUGUCCUCCGAGGCUGGACAGAGCUAACAGAGCUGCCCUGUGCUGAGCCCCUGGGCAGCUGCUGCUCCUGGUAGAGGCCUCCACCCCGAAGGGCAGUGUGAGAGGACUGUGUGCGCUUAGUGCUUGGCUUCCCCAAACACAGUGAUGUGAAGCUCCCUGUGGCCUAUGGGAAUGAAAUGAUGUGGGACUCUGACCGUCAUGUUAAGGUGAAACACAGAGGCUCAGUGCUGAACAUGCUAAGAAGGCUGGACAAAAUCAGGUUCAGAGGUCACAAGAGAGAUGACUUUCUCGAUCUAGCAGAGUCUCCAAAUGCCUCGGACACUGAGUGUGGAGACGAAAUACCCCUCAAAAUACCUCGGACCUCCCCCCGGGACAGUGAGGAGCUGAGGGACCCUGCUGGUCCAGGGACCCUCAUCAUGGCUGCAGGAGUCCAGGACUUCAACCGGACAGAGUUUGAUCGAUUAAAUGAGAUUAAAGGUCACCUGGAAAUCGCGUUAUUGGAAAAACACUUUUUACAGGAGGAGCUCCGGAAGCUUCGAGAAGAAACCAACUCAGAGAUGCUGCGGCAGGAGUUGGACCGGGAACGGCAGCGGCGGAUCGAGCUGGAGCAGAAGGUCCAGGAAGUGCUGAAGGCCAGAACCGAGGAGCAGGCCAUGCAGCAGCCUCCGAAGGGGCCACCCCCAGUCAGUAAUGGAGCAGACCGGCGGAGCCAGGGACUAUGCUCCCGAGUCCAGAAGUGGUUCUAUGAGAAGUUCGGGGAGUAUGUGGAGGACUUUCGGUUUCAGCCUGAGGAGAGCACCGUGGAGACAGAGGAACCCCUCAGCGCCCGGAGGUUGACUGAAAACAUGAGGCGGCUCAAGCGUGGUGCCAAGCCUGUCACCAGCUUUGUGAAGAACCUCUCUGCCUUAUCUGACUGGUACUCCGUCUAUACAUCUGCCAUUGCCUUCACCGUGUACAUGAACGCCGUGUGGCACGGCUGGGCCAUCCCCAUGUUCCUGUUCCUUGCAAUUCUGAGGUUGUCCCUCAAUUACCUCAUCGCCAGGGGCUGGCGGAUCCAGUGGAGCAUUGUGCCUGAGGUGUCCGAGGCAGUGGAGCCUCCAAAGGAAGACCUGACUGUGUCUGAGAAGUUCCAGCUGGUUCUGGAUGUUGCCCAGAAAGCCCAGAACCUCUUUGGGAAGAUGGCCGACAUACUGGAGAAGAUCAAGAACCUGUUCAUGUGGGUGCAGCCUGAGAUCACGCAGAAGCUGUAUGUGGCGCUGUGGGCCGCCUUCCUCACCUCCUGUUUCUUCCCUUACCGCCUGGUGGGACUGGCCCUGGGACUCUACGCUGGAAUCAAGUUCUUCCUCAUCGAUUUCAUCUUCAAACGCUGCCCGAGACUCCGAGCCAAAUACGACACCCCCUACAUCAUCUGGAAGAGCCUCCCCACGGACCCCCAGCUCAAAGAGCGUUCCAGCACUGCUGUGUCUCGAAGGCUGCAGACGACGUCCUCACGGAGCUACGUGUCUAGCACACCCACUGGCUUGAGCAAGGACGAGGACACUGGCCGCUUCCAUGGCACCAAGAAGGGCAACUUCCAUGAAAUCUUCAACUUGACAGAGAACGAGCGUCCGCUGGCGGUGUGUGAGAACGGCUGGCGCUGCUGCCUGAUCAACAGGGACCGCAAGAUGCCAACCGACUACAUCAGGAACGGGGUGCUGUAUGUCACAGAAAAUUACUUGUGCUUCGAAAGCUCUAAAUCUGGGUCUUCCAAGAGGAACAAGGUCAUCAAACUGGUAGAUAUCACCGACAUCCAAAAGUACAAAGUCCUCUCUGUCCUCCCGGGCUCGGGCAUGGGGAUCGCUGUGUCCACGCCGUCCACCCAGAAACCGCUGGUGUUUGGCGCCAUGGUGCACAGGGACGAGGCCUUCGAGACCAUCUCCGGCCAGUACAUGAAGAUCACGGCCGCAGCAGCAUCUGGUAGCGACAGCUAGCGGCCACUCUCCCAGGAUGCUGCUGGAAGCUUUUUGUUUGCAUUUUUUGUUUCUAGCAAUUUGGUAAUGGGGGAGGAAAAAGAGAAAGAAAAAAAAAAAAACCAGGACGGCCUCAAGAUCCUUUGCAAUAACCCCCCACCCCCCCGCCCCGGGAGCUGUGGCAUCUGAUGUGCUGACCCAGCGUCACCGAGGGGCCCACCGCCCAGUGGGUGAGGAUGGCCGUGGGCAGGAGGGCAGAGGCUGGGGAAGGACCAUGGUAGGACGUGGCCACCCGGCACCCGGCCGGCCGCCACAGCCAGCAGCUCUCCCACACCAAAGCCAUAGCUGAGCAGGAGAGAAGCCAGUGAUGGAGGUUCCCCUCCAGGGAGACCACCGCGGCGUGUGCUGAGAGGGGCAGCAAGGCCUGGUGGGUGUACCUGGGCCCCAGGAGGGCCUGGCCCCUCCACCGAGGGGUUCCCCCCCUGCUGUCUGGGGCCUGUGAUUGCCAGCUGACGAGGCUGCAGAGUGGCAUGUAGGUAGAAGCACAUCUUUUAAACACUUUGCUCUUUGGAAUCACCCCACGAGGCUUUGGGGGAGGCCUGGGAGCUCUGGUUGCUCUCAGAUGGAAACACCAAGGUACUUGGCUACCCGGCUGGAGAUGACAGGGCCCUGGGACUCGGGAUGGAGGUGCUUAGGAACAGCACCCCUCCCUCCAGCUUGUAGUGGCCGACCUGUGUGGGCUGUGCGGGGAUGCCUGGGAGGGUCCCGGCUGCAGGGAGUGGCCGUGGGAUCUGCACCUCAGCAUCUGACAGUGCGCCCACGGGAGGGCAUCUCUGGUCCCCCCACCUCAAGCCAAGAGGACAGCUAGAGGAGGCUUCUGUGUGCAAUGGCCCCGAGGAGGGUGGGUGCGGGGCGAGAGCAGGCCCCCCUCCACCAGCUCCUCCUGGUCCCUUGGCUUGUCCUGAAUCCUUUGGGUGUCCGUGAGAUUGUUGUUUUUUGAAGAAACAGAUGAUUAUAUUUUUUACAGAGAGCAAGCUGUUUUUCUUAUUUUUGUAUCAUUUUUCAGAUGUAAUUUUUACCUUUGCUCUGAUCCUAAUUUGCUGGUUUGGGUGAGAGAGCCAGUGGCUGGCCUUGGUUCCUGUCAUCCCCUGGGGGACACUGGGGGGGACCGUGCCAACCAGUCAGAUGAAGCACAUACCCACCCGUGGGUGCAGUCGGGGCUCGGCACAGCAAGUGUGGCCAGCCCGUCAGCCCUCAUGGGCCGUGGAGGCCUUGGCACACCCAGGGGAGCCCUGAGGGGACCCUCCCAGAGCUUCUGUAGCAAGAGAGGGUUGGCCCUGAAUAGCUUCCCAGACAGACUGUGGAGGCUACUGAGACCCCUUCCGGGGGGCCCUGGAGAAGGUCGCUUAAGCACAGUGGUGGGGUGGGGGCUGUCGCCUGCAGUGGAUUGGGUGCUCAGUUUGAGUCCCUUUUGAGAAGGGAGAUGAAAACUGGCCAUAUUGCAGGGAUGUGUCUGCCGCGCCUUCCCCAGGGGCUGUGAGGGUCUAGGCCGGGCUACCCCCCCCCCCCCCCGGCACAAGGGCCUUAUAGAAGCCCCGGGUCCCAGCUGGGAAGUAUGGCUUGCAGGCCAGGGCUGUCUGUGGGCAAGAAUCCACAGUUUUUAUUGGCCUAUGAAAGCCCGAGUGAAUAUUUAAUGUCUACAACUAAUCACUGAACUAGAGUGAAUGUCACAUUUUCUAUGUCUGAAGCUUGACUCUAUUUUGGAUCUGUAAAUAAUUGUUCCCCAUGUAAUUUGUCCAACAAAAGGAUUGUACUGUAUGAGGAACCAAUGAAACAAUCCUCUGUAACAUUUUUAAAGAAAAAAAACACUCGUUUGUUUAAAGGAAAAGUCUUGUAUAAAUUAUAAUUUUUAUUUAAAUAAACCUGAAAUGCUUUGUGCUAA